UUUAACAAAUUAACACUCUCGAAAAAACAAUUUUAUCUGUCAAAUACUUGCAAAGAUUGUGAUUCCUGCACAAUCACGCUUAUGUGGUAUAUCUUAUUCACUGUAUCAUUAAAAUAUAGGUUAGGCUUAGGAGUGAGGUUAUGUUCGCCUAAUAGGAUUCCGCAUAACGUAAGUAAUUAUACGUUCACGUCAAAUGAAAUUUUAGACACGCGUUUUUGUUAUAAAUCACUGAUUUAAUGAAAAUACAAAAGGUAACUAGGAUUAAUACAUUUAAUACAUAAUAUUACGAUUUAAUCAUAAUCUUCGUACAGUCAAAACAAAAUCAUGACAGAUGAAAACAUCGAAGAACUCGGACCAUCGGAUUUAGGCACACUUGAUUAUUGGGAGAGGAUUUAUUCAGAAGAACUUGAUAAUUUUAAGGAACACGGAGAUGUAGGUGAAAUAUGGUUUGGUAGAAAUAAUACACUAAAAGUCAUACGUUGGAUUAAUACGCAAUUAAAACUUAACAAAGAUGACAAAAUAGUCGAUAUAGGAUGUGGAAACGGAAUGACAUUAGUGGAACUUGCAAAACAAGGUUUUGAAAAAUUGCUAGGCGUAGAUUAUUCGGAGAAUGCAGUGGACUUAGCUCGUGAAGUACUGAAGGAAAAUAAUAUGUCACACGUCGAAUUAAAAGUUUGCGAUAUACUCGAUUCAGAAAAUUUUAAUUUACCGAUUGACUUUAAAUUAGUACAUGAUAAAGGAACUUACGAUGCCAUCAGCUUACAUCCAGAAGAUCCUUCGUCAAAACGGCAAAAGUAUAUAGAAAAUAUGUACAAAAUUCUGUUACCUUCUGGUUACCUAGUUUUAACUUCAUGUAAUUGGACUAAAGAAGAAAUAGAGAAACAUUUUCAAAAUUAUUUUGAUAUCUUACACGUGCUUCCUGCUGACACAUUUGUAUUUGGUGGACAAACUGGAAACAUUGUAACACAAUUAGUUCUCCAAAAGAAAUAAUAAAAAGAUCGAUUAACAAAAUA